AUGAAUUUAUCAUUUGAAGCAGUUCGAAAAAUUGUAUAUCAAGGAUUAAAUGCUAUUGAUUUAAAAUAGAAAAUCGAUUGCAAUUACAUUUUGUAAAUUGUAGAGAACUAUUUUCCAUAAACAACUAAAGAUAAAUUGGAUUAAUUGUUAUCUUUCCGUGUUUCUGAUGGCUUUGCUAAAAUUAAAGCUUUAUUUUUUAGAACUUCAAAUCCAUAUCUUGUUUAAUUAAGAGAAACAGAGCCUUUAACCAAAUAUCCCUUAAUAAAAGUCUCAAGUUUUAGAAUUUUAGGAAGACCUGUUGAAGGAGAUGAUUUUCCAAUAUUAAUUUUAGAAUUUGAAAGACUUUCAAUUCUAGAUAAAAUUAUUGGUUAACCAAUUUCUUUUAAAUCAUAUGUUGCUAAUGGUUACUAAAAUCCUAAUGGAGCUUUAUUUCCAAAUGAUUUUGAUUUGGCUGAAAUUGACGAUUUAUUAUUUUCAAAUCAGAAAUCUUAAUCAAUUCACUUCAAUCAACCUUAAAAUAUAUUACAAUAACCAAAAUUACAAUAAAACAUAUUUUAAUAACCUUUAUAAGAUAUACAAAAUAAAAAUGAAGAUAAAACUAAAAUAGAAGUAACAUUUUUAUAUAAAUUUUAUAGAAUAAAAUUUCAUUAAGUAAAAGUAAAUUUUAAUAACAAAAACAAAUUGAAAUGCCUUAAACUGAAAUUAUUUAAUAUAAAUAGUAGAAAGUGUUAGCCUAAAAACUAUACAAUGAUUAGAACAUGCCAAAUCAAUCAAUAUUUACAACAUAUAAUUAGGAAUAAUUAAAAUAAUUGUAAAAUUAAAAAUAGUAAUAAUAAUAAAGAGUAUAAAUUUAACCACAAUAAUAGCAUUUAUAAUCUAAUUAAUAAUAGCCUAAUCAAAAUAAUAAACCAAAAAAUCAAACAAAUAAUAAAGUUGCUUCACAAAUAGAUGUAAAUAAGCUAGACUAUUUUGUUAGGUUUUCCCAUUAUCUUAAAUAAAUCCCAGUUUUUAAUAACCUUUUCGAGGAAGAGUUGUUAAAGUAAAUGAAAUAAAGAGUUAUACAUCUUAAAAGUAGAAAGACGGUAAAUUAUUUGGAAUUUAAGUCAUUGAUGAAGAAAAUCUCAUAUCAAUGAUGUUUUUUGAUUAAGCUGCUGAAAAAUUUCAUGAUUGUUUAAUAUAAGGAAAAUGUUACAUUUUUUAAGGUGUUACAGUAAAACCAGCAAAAAAUGUAGAAUAAUUGUAAAAGAUAGGAUGUCUUCCAUAUGAUUAUGCUUGUGAUUAAAAUGCAUAAAUAAUUGAAAUCGAUGAUGUAAUGGGGAUUCCUUUAAAUACGUUUAAUUUCGUUAAACUUAACACAAUUAAUUUAUAAAAAGUUGAAGUUUAAUUAGAUGUAGUAGCUGUAAUAAAAUCUACUAGUGGUGUUAAAGAAUUUUAAGCUAGAAAUAAAGAUGAAAAAUCAAUUAGAAUUUAAUUAGUAGUAUAUGAUGAUUCCUUAUAAGAAAUAGAAAUAACACUUUAUGGAAACUUAGCUUAAUAAUACCCUUUUAAAGUAAAAGAAAUUUAUAUGUUCAAAAAUUUAAAGAUAAACGAAUAUUAAGGAAAAAAAAGUUUAAAAAAUAAUUACUUAACAUCAAUUCAUUUUGAUUAAAAUCGAAAGGAAGUAAAAGCAUUAUAAAAGUGGUUAUAAAACUUUGAUGGAAAGUUGAGUGAACCUAUAUCUAAAAUAAAAUUAAUAUCAGAAUUAAUUAAUGAAUCAAAUAAAUGUGAAUAAGAUUAAAAUUUAAAAAUAUACUCAGAUGUUAGAGCUUAAUUAGUAUUAAUAAAAAAUACAGGUACUCUUUACUAUCAAUCUUGUACUAAUUGUUUAAAGAAAGUUACAACUGAUUUAGAUUGUUAUUUUUGUUCAUCUUGUAAUUUGACAAUGAAAGAACCAAAAUAUAGAUAUAUUUUAAAUUGUAAAAUAGCAGAUUCUAGUGGAAAUAUCUGGGUUAGUGUAGGUGAUUAAUAAGCAAAUUAAAUAAUUGAUGUUUCUGCUCAUUUUCUUAAAUAAUUAUUUGAAUAAGGAAAAGAAAAAGAAAAAAAUGAAAUAUUAAAUAAAUCAUCAAACAAAGAAUUCAGAUUUAAAUUAAUUUCAAAAUUAGAAGAAUUCAAUGAUGUAAAGAGAGUAAAACAUUCCGUAUCAUCAAUUAUUCCUAUUUCAAAUUCUGAUACAUAAGAUAUUUUUAAUUAAGUAGAAUUCCUGAUGAAAAAUAUUGGAUGA